AUGGCAGCCAUGCCCAAUUUCCUCAACCGUCUCAUCCGGCCCUUCACAUCCUCCUCCUCCCUCUCCGUUACCCCCGCCGCAUCACAAGUAUCCGUCCCUGAAACCGCGCAAAAAUGCACCAUUGCCGCAGGUUGUUUCUGGGGUGUCGAACACAUGUAUCGCAAAGAGUUUAGCGGGAAGGGCUUGUACGACGCGCGUGUUGGAUACAUUGGAGGCGAUACCGAGAACCCUAGUUACAGAGCCGUGUGUUCCGGUUCUACUGGACACGCGGAAGCCCUUCAAAUCCACUACGAUCCUGCACAAAUCACCUACCGCCAAUUGAUAACCUAUUUCUACCGCAUGCACGAUCCUACAACUUCAAAUCAACAAGGUCCAGACAGAGGCUCUCAAUAUCGAUCUGGAAUCUUCUACCACAAUGAAGAACAAGAGAAAGAAGCGCGGGAAAUUACUAAGCAAGUCAAUGAGAAAUGGUGGAAGGGAGGUGUGGUCACAGAAAUUCUGAAGGCGGGAGAGUGGUGGGAUGCGGAGGCGUAUCAUCAAAAGUAUCUGGAUAACAAUCCAGGUGGCUAUGAAUGUCCCAGUCAUUUUGCGAGAAAAUUCCCGCCGUUGGAGGACUAG